CUGAUUUUCUUUCACAUACAAACAGCAUGAAACUUCACAUCCAAUGGCCAAUCUUGUCUCAUCGUCCUGAGUGGGUCGGGAGAAAGACCCAAAUUCAGCUCACGAGAAAGUAGGCGCACCGCACACCCAUUCAUCUCAAAUUCGCUGCUGGAAACUCCACCCGUGGCACUCUUUUUCUUGCUUCCGAGAUUCUUGCGCACCAGCUGUUUGAUAAAAGUCCAUGGCGACUGGAUGUUGCGUUGCUACUGCUCAAACCCAUUAUGGACUCGGCAGUUCUGAUAUCGGCUUGCCCUCCUAUUCUUCUUCUUGGACUCCGGGCCAUAAACGUAACCAUGCCAGGUCUUUCUUCAAGCUGAAGCCCAGUGGAGGGUGUCGAAUCAGGUGCCAGUCAGCUAACACAGAUGAGCAGAAACCAAGGAUGAAUUUUUUAGACAAUGCGAGCAACCUCCUCACUAGCUUGUUGAGUGGGGGAAAAAUUGGGUCCAUGCCGAUUGCUGAAGGUGCUGUCUCUGAUCUUUUUGGUCGACCACUUUUCUUCUCAUUGCAUGAUUGGUUCUUAAAGUAUGGCCCGGUGUACAAACUUGCUUUUGGGCCAAAAGCAUUUGUUGUUGUAUCAGAUCCUAUUGUUGCGAGGCAUAUUCUUCGUGAAAAUGCAUUCUCAUAUAGCAAGGGAGUUCUUGCUGAAAUUCUGGAACCUAUAAUGGGAAAAGGAUUAAUACCUGCUGACCUUGAUACUUGGAAACAAAGAAGAAGAGUCAUUGCUCCUGGAUUCCACACUUCAUACUUGGAAGCCAUGACAGAAGUAUUCACCAAUUGUUCUGAAAGAACAAUAUUGAAAUUUGAAAAGCUAUUAGAAGGAGAAGAGUCAAAAGGUGGAAAAACAAUUGAAUUGGAUCUUGAGUCAGAAUUUUCAAAUUUGGCUUUGGAUAUUAUUGGUCUUGGCGUUUUCAAUUAUGAUUUUGGUUCUGUCACCAAGGAAUCACCUGUAAUCAAGGCAGUAUAUGGUACUCUGUUUGAAGCUGAGCAUCGGUCCACAUUCUAUAUUCCUUAUUGGAGGAUUCCUCUGGCAAGGUGGUUAGUGCCCCGUCAAAGAAAAUUCCAGAAAGACCUUAAGGUCAUAAAUGACUGCCUAGAUGGCCUCAUAAAACUUGCCAAAGAGACCAGGCAGGAAACAGAUGUUGAGAAACUACAGCAGAGGGACUACCUAAACCUUAAGGAUGCAAGCGUGUUGCGUUUUUUAGUUGAUAUGAGGGGUGCCGAUGUUGAUGAUCAUCAGCUAAGAGAUGACUUGAUGACAAUGCUUAUUGCUGGCCACGAAACAGCUGCAGCUGUUCUUACUUGGGCUGUUUUUCUGCUAUCGCAACAUCCAUCUAAAAUGAAGAAAGCCCAGGUGGAAAUAGACACUGUACUUGGGCAGGGAAGAACAACCUUUGAAUCAGUCAAAAAAUUGGUCUACUUACGACUUAUUGUUGUGGAAGCUCUGCGUUUGUACCCACAGCCUCCAUUGCUUAUCAGGCGCUCUCUUAGACCAGAUAAAUUACCAGGAGGUUACAAUGGAAACAAGGAUGGAUAUGCAAUUCCAGCUGGUACGGAUGUAUUCCUUUCUGUGUAUAAUCUCCAUAGGUCACCAUACUUCUGGGACAAGCCGGACGAGUUUGAACCUGAGAGAUUUCAAAUUCGAAAGGAAAGUGAAGGAAUUGAUGGGUGGGCCGGGUUUGAUCCAUCUAGAAGCCCGGGAGCGUUAUACCCUAAUGAGAUCAUAUCAGACUUUGCAUUCUUGCCUUUUGGUGGUGGACCAAGAAAAUGUGUAGGGGACCAAUUUGCCCUCAUGGAAUCAACCAUAGCAUUGGCAAUGCUGCUUCAGAAGUUUGACAUCAAGUUGAAAGGGUCACCGGAGUCUGUGGAGCUCGUUACUGGUGCAACCAUUCAUACAAAGAAUGGGUUAUGGUGCAAAUUGAAGAAGAGGUCAAAUUCUGCACUUAAAAUCUCUCUUUAACUUCCAAAUCCAUAAAGUUCAUUGGAUGUUCUUCUUUGGUACCACACUGUAAAAUCUUAUGUAAAUGCAAUUUAUUGGUUGUAGGAGUAUUUUAUUCAGAGUCCUGAAAUUCCCAAAGAUAUGUUUGAUUUUGUGUCUAGUCCCCUUGUUCCAAAAUGAAGUUUAUAUCAUCAAAAAAAAUAUGUGGCUCACCAUAUUUCUUCUCGAGUCUAAUUUUAACCAUAUAUUUUUUUUAUUUUUCAGUAUUUUUAAAAACUUUUUGAAGCCAAAUCGAUAAACUUUGUUUUGGGAU